AAGGAAUGGGACAUAUUCACAUGAUAAGAUCACUUGACAUAGCUGGACAUGUUGGCAAUUGUAGGUUUAUUUCUUUUACAAUUUCAAAUAUUACCAAGUAAUUCUCUGAUUUUAGUUAGCAACGCACCAAGACGGGUUAUCAAAACUCUGAAAGCCUCAAAUGGUGCGCCGUGGGGAAGUUGGGGACCUCCACAAUUUUGUGCUGAAGGAACAUAUGCCAUUGGAUACUCAAUCAAGGCAGAAUCUAAUCAAGGCAGUGGGGACGACACGUCGUUGAAUUCUAUAAAACUAGAAUGUAAAGGUCUGGAUGCUGUACGGUCUGGCGGCAUAAUAACGUCACGUGAAGGUCCGUUCGGUCAUUGGUACAGCGAAGUUAAAUGUCCCUCCAGAAAUGGAGCGCCUACGUUUCUUAAAGAAUUCAUUCUGCAAGUGGAACCGGACCAAUACAGUGGCGAUGACACGGCUGCCAACUUUGUUAAGUUUUACUGUAGAGACUUUGCCGGGCUUACGUACCCUAGUGAGUUAUCUGUUUCCCCUGGACAUGGCAAUUACGGCAGUUGGGGACGCUGGAGUGGAAGUUGCGGCGCUAACUCUGCAAUUUGUGGGCUAAAGACACAGGUCGAAGGGGACCAAGGAGGAGGGGAUGAUACUGCUUUAAAUAAUGUCGAGUUUUAUUGUUGCGAGGAGAAUUCUGAGGCCGGAAAGUAACGCAAUCUUUGAUCAUAGUGAUUAUAAUGAAAUUGGAUAAUUUGUAGCUAAUACAGGUUUUUAUUAAAAUUAGAAUAUA